AUGGCUGCUGGAAGAUGGGCUAUUAGCCCAAUGCUGCUGUUUUCAACUGGCUUGCUCGUUCUCUCGGCUUUCAAUUAUGGGUUGAGUGAUCAGGCUUUUUCGUCUUGUCAGGCGAUGGACGCCUUUGAGAAGCAGUUUGGUGUGUACGAUGCUAAGACUGAUGCGUACAAGAUUCCGGCUCUGUACACUUCUCUGUAUAACAGUCUGAAGGCAGGUGGUCAGAUUAUUGGUGUUUUCAUCGGCGGAUACGUGAGUAAUCGAUGGGGACGUCGUAUGUGUAUCUUCACCAUGAGCGUGUAUGCACUCGGCAGUGCCUCUGUCGUCGUUAGUUCGACUACUCAAGCCCAACUCCAAACGGCCAGAGCUCUACACUACAUCUACCUUGGUAUGCAAUUGGCCGUGAUCCCAACCUUCUUGGCCGAACUGGCACCAGCCAAAAACCGCGGCGGAAUGGGCGUGCUAUACUGGCUUAGCAUCAAAGCUGGUGGCCUCUUCAUCACCGGUAUUGCCCGCGCCACCAAGAAGAUGACUACGAACGCAGCCUGGAGGAUCCCCUUUGGACUUAUCCUAGUCGUCCCAUUCAUUGUCAUCUGUCUGGUCUGGUUCAUCCCCGAAUCUCCACGUUGGUAUCUUCUCCGCGACCGUCAGGAUGAAGCUCUGCGAUCCCUUACCCGUCUCAAGAGCAAGGAUACAUCUGACGAGGAGGUUCGGGAGCGAUUCGAGAUGCUUUCAUUUAAGGUUGCUGAGCAGCUGCAAAAGAAGUCCUUUAAAGAUCUCUUUACGCGCCAGAACAGACAGAGAACUUUUAUUGUUUCGGCGGCGAAUUUCUUCCAGCAGGCAACCGGUCAGGCUUUUGCUUCGCAGUAUGGAACACUGUUUGUUAAGCAGUUGAAGACCAUCAAUCCGUUUAGUGUGACUCUUGGUACUAAUGCGAUUGAUAUUGGUGCGAUUGUCAUCUCUGGUUUGUUGAUUGAUGUUGUUGGACGGAGGGCGUUGUUCCACACCAGCUCUAGUCUUCAGACUGUGUCAUUGAUGACAAUGGGUGGUCUUGGAACGGCAGAUUCAAGCAACGUCGAUGCCAAAAAGGGUAUCGUGGCCAUGCUGCUUCUUUUCAGUUUCAGUUGGUCUCUUGGCUGGGCUCCUCUGACAUACGUUAUUGGCGCGGAACUUCCUUCUUCUCCGUUACGUGAGAUGACACUGCAGAUCGCUUAUACUGUGAAGCUUAUUACCGAAUUCGUCGUGACUUUCACCUACCCUUACAUGGAAACUGCUGAUACGCCCCACCACGUUGACAUUGGCGGCAAACUGGGCUUCAUCUAUGGGUCACUGUCGGCUGUUGCGUUCGUUUUUGGCUGGUUUUUCAUUCCUGAGACGAAGCAACUGGAAAUUGAAGAGAUUGACCAGGUUUAUGCCUUGAAAGAGGGUAAAUUGGAGGAUAUCGAGUCGGCUGACGAUGAGCGAACUACCGUCACUGAGAUUCCGAAAUAG